UUAUAGUAUAAGAGAUACACCAUCCCCGAAGUUUCGUUAUCUUGUACUUAAAUUUAAGUAGUUCCUAAUGUUUCUAUCGCUCUCCUAUUUUUUCUGCUCGGUUUUAUAUACUUCAAACUGAAUACUCAUAGUCCAGAACUAUUUUUAUAGUUUAAAUCAUACUACCUAUGUAGUUUAUACUUUGCAAGUAGUAGUUUCUUGGUGCUCGAGAUUGCAACGUGGAUGGUUAUAGGCUAUAUGUUAGCGCUCAUUUUUUUUGCACUACGAAGGAUGAUGGCUUCGUUCUUCGCGCUACGUCGUCAGCUCCAUCGUCAACAAUAGCAUCAGUGCUGAAGCUGAAAUUGGAGACAUCAUGACCGGGGCCUUACCACUCAACGGUUUCAUGAAUCCGGCUACGGGUCAAACGGCCCCGUCUCUUGCCGAUCAAACGACUGGUGGAACAGCCGUUUCCUCGAGCAAGAACAAAGAAUGGCAAAUGGAGCUACUUAUGGAAAAGCUACGCUCAAAAGCGUCGAGUUUCAAGAGUCUCGUUGAAACUGCCAAAAACAUGCGCAUGACCAUGCUGGAUAAAAGGUUUGGCAUGGACAGUGUUGAGAAAAGCCAGCUUCAAAAAUGCUUGGAUGCACUACAACACUCCAUCAAAGUUACUUCUCUGCAGUCUAUGAUAGAAAGAUUAGAAAGUCUUUCUCGACAGUUGGGAUUGAAAUUCAUGAUGACUGGACCUCCAACGGGCACAACCACUGAACUAUUUAUAUCCUCUGACAUGUUUUUUUUGGAAGUCCUUUUAGAACCAUCAGGGGCUAUAAAAGACGUCAAAAUUCAUCACGAAGGCAAAGCCGAACAACAGAGUUGUGAGGAGUUAGUUGCAUGUCUCUCGCGUGGUGAUUUCGUUGAUUUUACCAGUCAACUAGAAGGUUUAGCGUCGAUUUACCAAUUGAAUGCUGAUAAAAAAGUCAAAUGUAAAGCAUUUAGUGCUCUGCAGUCUCUAGAAACUGAUUUAGGAGUUCUAGCACAACUGCAAACAUUCAUGAAAGAGCCAUUUAACCUUGUACAUAAAAGCCCUGUUGGAAUACUCGAAAGGAGGAAAGGUGGACAUGCCAUGAAACUAACGUAUUUCGUGUCACCUUAUGAUUUAAUUGAUCAAGACAAUAAAGGCUGUGAUGCUUUAAGUUUAGAGGCUGUGAUAUCUAAGAAAGUUGGACAUUCAGUUACAGUUUGCAUGGAAGGCUCCACAUCUCACAAGUUGCCAACCUCAAGUAUUAUUACCGUUAAUAGAAGUUCCACCGGAAAAAGUACACCUUCGUAUGCUCCGUUAACAAGUUCUAAUUCGUCGAUGCUGCCGGCAUGCUUCGUUCUGAAGUUGGCUAAAAAAAUGCCCAUGUGUUUAGAAUUAAUUCGUCGUAUACAAAAAGUAACAGACCUCGAGUGCACUGAUAUAUCAGCGCCCUAUCCUCUUCUUAGUAUGAUUGUUCAACACGCGAGUGACAAACAAUUAGACUGUCAAAAUAACAGGGGACUCGCAGUUAGUCUCCCUGACCAACAGCACUGUUACUUUAUGACGGAAAAUAAAAGCAUGGAAGGGGUGUUGGUGGGCAGCAUACCCUUCACUCAUCCAGCACACGUUCCGCAAAUUUUGGUAUUCCUUCGUCAGCAGGCGCUAUUUAAUACUUUGAUCUCAAGUUGCGUGAGGCCCAUGGCUCGUCAAGAUCCCGAACACAUGACAAUUUUCGAAGUAAGUGCCUUGUCUUGGCAGUGCAUAUCCGUCAGUUUGGAGCAUCCCUUUGAGGAGACACUGGCUACCGCCGAAUUAGAUCUAUCAGACAUAUCCGCCUUGAAAUGUAAACUGUACGGAGUCAGUAUUACUAACACAGAGCAGACCUCGGAACUCGCAGGAAAAGUAUUGCAACGGUGCUUGAGCAUUCCAUUAACAAUGAGAACCUUACUCAAAGUUUGGGAGGGCCGCACUUUCAUUUUGAACACAAUGAGCACGGGAAACGGCAAUUUCAACAACAAUCUUGGCUCCGGUUCGCAUCAGCAAAAUAAUCACCACAAUGGCUCGGGUAUGUCCGAGUUUGGUAACGAGGACGACAAAAUCAAACAAGAACCAAGCACUAUGAACGGCACGGGAAUGCAACAACAGCAGCCAUCUCAACAACAGCAGCAGCAGCAGCAGAGGAACCAACAGUUACAACUGCAGCAACCACAGUAUCAACAGCCGCAGCAGUCUUUUUUUGAAGCCGGAGACGGAAAUUGUAUCGGGUUUCCGUCGUUAUCCGGCCCCUCCGAUACACCCUCGGCUACCAGUGCUGGACCACUGCUGAGUUCCUCGAUGCAUCAGAAUGUACUCGUCGGUGCUCUGACUCCCCCCGGCAUAUCGCUAGACGUCAAAGCUAAAAAAUCUCGCAAGCGCAAGGCCACUGCCGAUGGCGCAUGGAAGAGCCCGAAGCGUAAGGGCGAGUUCGAUGCCGCUGAGAUCCUUCUGGAGAGUUCGAGCUCGGACUCAACGCCCGUGGGCACGCCGACCGGAAGUAGAGACGCAACCAGCGACGGUCGCACGCCAACGCCUACGUCGUCCGGAAUAAUAACGGGCCUCGAUCUCUCCGGCCUCGAAGGUCUCGAGUUACUCGGCACCGAGCGCACCUUGGACCCCGACGGCGUCACAGAGCUCAUGCCGCUGGAAGCCUCGAGUACCGAGGAGGCGCUGCGUCGCGAGCGCAAGCUCAAGAAGCGCGCCGAGGAGAAGGCCGUGGUAGCGCUCUUCGAGGAGGGCAAAAGCCUCGUCUCGCCCUCAGUCAGCAUCACACCCAUCACCCCGAGCGGCUCCAACAACCCAAGCUCGAGUACAAACUACAGUGCGAUGCUCUCGGGCAUGGGAUUGGAUCGACGACCUGGCAUAGAAAUCAUUCCCAUUAGCUCGCUCUCGCAGACGCAGCUGCCCAGUUCGAUCACGAUAACGGCCAUCUCGAGCUCGAGCACCAAGUCCAGUCCACUUGGUGACGAGCGUAAAGAACGCAAGAGCUCCAAGAUGCGGACGCCUGGUUACGACGACAGCAAGCUGCGACUCGAAAAAAAGCGCAAGCGUAAACGGGACACCAGCCCGAUGGGACCCCCGGACAAGUUGCCGCUCAAACAGACGGAUCCUCUGUCCAAACCAGUGUCGCUCAGCAUAAAGCCAAGCUCCGAGUCUCCGCCCAGGCACUUUUCGCCUUCCUCCAAUUCGUCCUCCUCCUCGUCGUCGUCGUCGUCUUCGUCGUCAUCGUCAUCCAGGCCCUCCUCGCCGGCAGGUAUCCAGCGCAAGUUCAGCCUCUCGCCAACGCAAUCGAGCCUCCUGGUGGGCAAGUCGAGUCCAUCCGCGCUCAGGCAAUCGCCAUCCGGGGGCUCCGGCAAGUCCACGCCCAGUCCCAAGCACUCACCUGCCUACAGAAUGAGUAAGCAGGACACCCCUAGGCCGAAGCCAGUGCCAUCGCCUGGUCUAUCGGGAGCACUGAGCGUCAGUCCGGUCUCCUCCGCAGUCUCCCCAGCCACCGCUGCAACGGCCUGUCCGCCUGGCAAGGACAAGGAGCGCAAGCUGGCUGUGACAGAGCCACAGCAACAGCAGCAAGCGAGGAACCGGAAAGGCUCGCUCAGCGCCGUGAUCGACAAGUUGACGAGCGCUCGGCACUGCAGCGACGAUGGUUCGAGUCCCGGGGCGAGUUUGGGAGCCGGCACUGACUCGAGCUACAUGGUGAAACCGAGCUCGGACGGGAUGAAGAUAACGAUCAACAAGGCGCGCGCGAAAGAUCUGAAGUUGGGCAGCGGUGGUGGACUCAAGCUUCCCGGAAUGGGGCUGAGCGGCUCGGGCAAUGGGGCCUCCAGCAAGACUUACACGGGACUUAAACCUGGUGUGAUAUCUGGACCAGCUUCGAGGAAACCGCAGAGCCAGACUUCGACGAAGGUGCGUUCGAGUCCACCUUUGGCAGCAUCCAGCAGCGGUAUCAGCGUCGGUGGUGGACUGGCGGGCAGUGGUAGCGGCGGCACAAGCUCAUCAGGCGCCAAGACAUCACUCGCAUCCCUGCAAAAGCAGCUUGGCUCGGCGGGCCUUAAAUCCGCAACCUCCUCAGGUGGCACUGGUCUCGCCGGCAAAUCGAGCGUUGCCAAGAGCUUCGACAAGGCCCGCUUCAAACCUGCCAACACCGCUGCCGCCGCCGCUGCUGCUGCCUCUGCUGCCUUGGGUGGCCUGGCUCUCAUGAAGCAGCUCGACACCAGCUUCCAAAUCCCCAAGAUCUCGGCUCGCCAGCACGCCGAGGCUGCUAAUCCGGUUGAGAAGCGCGACAUCCCACCCGCCAAGGAGUCGCUGCCCCCGGCCAAGCCGGCCAAACUCGACGAUCUUCCGGAUCCGACAAAUCUGUCCCUACAGCCGGACGACCUCGCGUCCAAGGACCCCACGGCCACGGAAAUCGAGCCGCGAGAAACGAGUUCCACGAGCCUCGAGGGUCUCACCUUGAUCGCAAAGCCACCGGUCCCGGAUCACGUCGUCGUGGAUCAGUCCUCGUCACCCCUGCGUAAGACCGCGACGUCCCCGCCACCGCCACCGCCACCACCCCCACCGCUACCUCCACCGCUGCCGCCGCCCUCUUCUUCGAUGGCUGCGACUUCUCCGAUGCCACCUGGCCUGGGCUUCCCGCAGAGCCCCUCAGUCAGCGGUCAAUUCAUCGUCAAGAGUCCGGCGCCCUCGCCGCGGGUCAUCCCACCGUCCCCCCACUCGGCUUCGCCCUGCAUCACCGACGAAGAACUUGAAGAAGCUCUAGUUGGGUCUUGAAAAUUCAAGUUGACAGUGCACUUGCGACGUUCACCGCGUGCGUGCAUCACGACACUUCCAGAAAUGAUUAUUCCACAAGAAUCCGGAGUAUUGGUAAAUUAAAUGAAAUUUUGAUGUAAGUCUGUUAUUGACGCCAUAGGAAAAACUUUACCGUGAUGUUGACGAUUUCCAAAAAUAAUUGUACGAUGAAAAAUAGUGUGUUCAAACGAUUAGUAUAAUUUAUACGAAUGUACAAACAACGUUUUGCUACAGGAGUUGACCGUAAGUAUAAGACAAUCAUUAUCUUUCAACGUGCUUCUCGUACAUGAAUUUGUAGCAAAACAAUUACAAUCAAAUUAAUGAUAUUUAUGACAUUUAAUUAUUUUUUAAACAAUUACUCGUUAGAAUACUAUUCCUUUGCUUUUUUUUCUUUAUAAGUGUGUAACUAUUUCGUAUUGAUCGUGUGAAUUAGCUGGGCUAUCUGAUACCAGUGAAAAGCGUAAUUGCUGAAGCCUUAUUGUUGAAAAACUACUUGAUGGAUAUGACAUUUGUUGAGAUUUUGACAGUCAAAACGAUUCGGUAUUGAAAAAAAUUAAAAAAAAAAAGGGAUAGUUCUGGAUUUGUUCCAAUCAAUUAUAAGGAAUCCGUUCUUUCGCCAACUUUGCAAUCAUUGCGUCUAAAAAACAAAAAAAUUCCAAAAAUACCGGAUCGCUUUGUGCUAAGCACAGAAAAAUAUUAUAUAUAUAUAUUAUAUAUAUUUAAUUGUAUAGACUUGUACAUACAUACAUAUACGCAU